AUGAAAAGGUCCAGGAUACGAAGGCAUUCCCCCAUCUACCUGAGUCCAUCACCAUCGCCCGAGAGGGAGUUAUCACCACCCGGUCCGGCUUCAAGUACGGGCUGGGAAACCGCCAGAGUUAUGUCAAGAUCUAGGCCCACCAGCGGGGCCUUGCUGCCAGGCGCCGUUAUACUCACACCACCUUCACUUUCGGAGAUUCUCUCCAACACUUCCUCUCCGCCAUGGACAUUAGCUGCUUUCAUGGCCUACCUUUCCCAGAACCACUGCCUGGAAACACUCGAAUUUACCAUGGACGCCGAGCGAUACCGAAAGGCCUACGAGCAAAUCAUUACCAACAAAGAGUGGAUCGGCGAUGGUAACGAUCACGUUUGUUCCUUGUGGGAAAAAUUGAUGCAAGCAUACAUAAUCCCCUAUUCUCCUAGAGAAGUCAAUCUCCCAUCACCCGUACGGGAUCGGCUCAUUGCCCAGAGCUGCUCAUCCGUUCCUCCUCCGCCCUCAGAACUUGACGAGGCUGUUAAGAUCGUUUACGAGCUUAUGAACGAUUCCGUCCUUCUUCCCUUCAUCGAAUCAGUCAUGCCAAGUCAUAGCACUGAUAUACACAUGGAGGACGACAUCAAUGAGGCGCGGCAAGGCCGCUCGCGUCUUCGGAUAGCCGAUGACGCAGGUGCCAGUGGAGCUACCAGCCGAUCUGCUUCAGCUUCGGGUGAACACACCGAGCGUGAGGGACUGACGGAUGAUAGUGGAAGCGCCGCUUCCCCGGGUACGGAACCCAUGACACCUCCCACUACCCCCCCAACGUCAGACUGGACUUUUAGCACGUCACCUGGAGGGUUUCAACGAGCCCUCACAGCUCACAAUAAUGGCUGGAAGAAAGUUGGCGCGAAGCUGGGACUCCACCGCAAGUCGCGCUCUAACCGUAGAAACAACCCGCCGUCUUCCGCCCCUGUCGAUGGAGACAUCACCAUGGCGGAAUCAAGUCAGAGCAAUCCCUUAUAG